AUGCGGAGACCGCACGCUGUUCGAAAACAUACUAAUUUUGGUUCUCGCGCACAUUCUAGGGACCAGAAGGACACCGAGGGACAGAACGCGGCGUGGUCGGAACUCUGGGACACAGACCAAAGUGAUCUCUGGGACCGCGGGAAGCCGUCCCCUGCGCUGGUCGAUUUCGUUGAGCAGAAACUUGAUCAGUCCCUGCUUCAGAGAACCGGCGAUGGACAACGACGCCUGAAGGCACUAGUGCCGGGAUGCGGACGCGGGUACGACGUCGUCAUGCUCGCGCUUCACGGCUUCGAUGCCUAUGGUCUUGAAGUCUCUACGACGGCAGUGUCCGCGGCGAACGUCUACGCCGAAGCCGAAUUGAGCCGUCAUCACUAUCCGUCCGCGGAGGACGCUUUGGACCAAGGUCAUCGUCGUCAACCUUCUGUCAGCCACAGCCACGGCACGGUCAAGUUUGUGCAGGGAGAUUUCUUCAAGUCGGACUGGACGAGCAGCUGUCUGAGGGAAGGCGAGAUAUUCCAAGGCUUUGACUUGAUCUAUGAUUACACAUUUCUGUGCGCAAUACCGCCGCCCCUGCGCCGGAACUGGGCGCGACGAAUGCAAGAGCUAUUGUCCCCAACGGGGAUUCUGGUGUGUUUGGAAUUCCCCCUGUGGAAGGACCUGGAUGCCGUCGGACCCCCUUAUGGCCUCAAUGGCGUGUACUGGGAUCUCCUUGCUGACGGUGGCGAUGGGAUCCUCCAUGGCUCUGGGUUGACCGGCGAGAAACAGGCAGGACAACGAGGUGAAGAAGGGCCGUUCAAGAGAGUGCAGUAUUACAAACCGGACAGCUCAUACAGCCAGGGCCGAGGAACGGACAUGGUCAGUGUGUGGAAGCCCUCCCGGCCGAGCAGUUGA